AUGUGGCAGAGCUCGAUCUUGAUGAUCGAGAAGGGUUGGAAUGUGGCAGAGCUCGAUCUUAAUGAACUUUUCGGAGAUGGCACAGUCAGCCCAAGCCAAAAUGAAAGAUGGUUGAAGAGGUUCAGAAUGGGCAAAACAAAUCUUGAGGACGAGGAAGGAACAGGACGGCCGGAUUUCGGCGACCGUGCCCUUCUAGCAUCGGUGGAACAAGAAAAGAACAACGCGAAUAAUAGCUGA